AUGUCAUCCAAUAUUUGCUCUACUGGAAGCUAUGGUUCUCCCUCUCUUGGGAGUCACUGCCAUGUUCCUGUUACCUCAUCCACUACUUCCUACACUGCUGGUAUGAACUGUGGUGAUAGUCUCUGCUUGCCCAGCCAAAACAGAACGUGGCUUCUGGACAACUUCUUGAAGACAUAUGGUAAACCUUCCAGCUACCAACAAUCCAGCUGUGGGCCCACAACCUAUGAAACUUCCUGCUAUCUUUUCACUACGUACUGUGCCUCCAGGCCCUGCAGAGGAAUCAGUUUUUUCCCCAUUGGUUCUUAUCUCUCUAGUUCCUGUCAACCAUCAAUGUAUAAUAGACAUCAGAACUGUCUGUCCAGUCGUUUUCACCCCCAGAAACACUUCUCUUAUGGCUGUCAACCACAGAACUUCAUCUCCUGUGGGUAUCGACCACUGAAUUUUGUGUCCAGUGCCUGCCAUCCUUUGAGAUAUCUCUCCUAUGACUGUCAACCUCUCGGUUAUGUGUUCAGCAGCUUCAGACCCCUGGACUAUGUGUCUAGUAGGUUUCAACCUGUUCUCUACAUAUACAAAAGUUUCCAACCAGCUUGCUCCUUUGGGACUUGGCAAACUCCAUUUGUUAGAAGAUCAUGCUGAAUUGUCAUUCUAGCAUCUUGCUAGAGAGCUUUGUAAAAAAUAUAAU